CCGCUGGCGGUUGUUGACAUGAAAUGUUCUGGAUGUGUAUACAUAGACACAUCAUCAAUAGUAAUUCCUCGAUAUCAGGAAUAGAAGUGCCACUAAAAAGUAUUUCUAUGGGCUAAAAUGCAAGGCUGCCGACUAUUUUGUAACAGCUUAUUGUUGAUAUUUUGAAUACGUAUUGAUAUCGGGAGUCAGCAUGCCGGCACCUUCGAUUAACGCUGACGUGGCACGGUUGGAAUAUCUGCUAAGCCGGCAUUUACAGCCGCUUGUGCAGUCUGAACUGAACAGCUAUGGAGCAGACAAAACGCUUGCCCUGCACUUGGCAUUGCGUCUCAAGGACGAUAAUGAUAACAACAGCAACAACAAUGAAAGGGAGAAUAAAAUCGAGCUCGUGAAGCUCCUACUGAAGAGCGGCGCGAGCGCGAAACAGAAGCUCGGCAAGAACGGCGAGACUGCCCUGCACGUGGCCGUCAAACACUGUACCGAGCCCAUCAUCCUGAGGCAGCUGCUGGAUGCAGGCGUGAUGCUGAAUGCGACCACGAGGCACGAAAAACUGACCGCUCUGCACAUCGCGGUAAAAACCAACGACCGGUUGGCAGUCGAAGAGAUGCUUAACCGAGGUGUCCGCAUCGACGCGCAGAGUCGAGUCGGCGAUACAGCCCUGCACCUGGCCGUCAAAUUUGAAUUCAAGGCGUUGGUCCAACUGCUGUUGGAUCGCGGUGCCGAUCCCAACUGCCAAAACGACAUCGGAGAGACGCCGUUCACGAGCAGUCUCGGUCGAGUCAAGGAUCGAAUGAGUAACUUCAUGCUCAGCGAGACCGCCGUAAAACCGGUGAACGUGCGCCUAAAGAACCACGCGGGCGAGACUGCGUUGCACUUCGCGGCGCUUCGAUGCUGCAGUGUAACCGUGUUCAAGACGCUGCUAAAUCUCAGCCGCUUGAACCUGAGGAACGACUGGAUUCUACUGUUCCACGUCAUCAAAAACCCGAACUCGUCUAUCAGGAUGCAGCUCUUUCGAGCGCUGCUGAAGCACGGCACCGAUCUCCACCGAUUUGUCAACAAAGAUGGCCAAACGCUGCUCUGUCUGGCUGUUCACUUGGGAUCUGUCGACGUCACGAAAUACCUUCUUGAAUCGGAAAAGGUCGACGUCAACGGCAAGCCCGGUCGCAAGGUGCCGCUCUUCGGUGCACUGCGGAACGGCAAUGAGGUGGCUGUGAACCUGCUGCUGCGCCACGACGCCCGAGUCGAUCUCAUCGAUCGCCACGUGUACGAUCAAAGCUCCGUGCACGCAGCGAUCUUAGGAUUUGAUGACAAGGCAGCAUCUCGCGUUUGUAAGAGGCUGCUGGAUUACGGAGCGCCACUGGACCACCUUGACUCGAACAAAAAUACAGCUCUUGUCAGGGCGUUGCGCAACGGUAGGGAGCGCGUUGCUAAUCUGCUGAUCGCGCGAGGUGCGAACGUCCACCUGAAAAACCCCGAUGGGCUUUCUCCGCUUCAUAUCGCGUCCAACAAAGGCCUAAUAGACACGGCAAAAAAACUGCUUGACGCCGGGGCGAAUGUCAAUGAGGUCACUAACAUGGGCUCAUCCGUGCUCGAAUACGCCACGUAUUCCGAUAGCGAGGAAGCAGUGAAAUUGAUUUUAGAGCACGGUGCUAAUUGCAGAACCGAUAGUCGUGCUUUACUCUCAGCAGUGACGUUUCAUCAGAAAGAUCCACAAAUCACGAAGCUGUUAUUGGCUCACGGAGCCGAUAUUAAUCUCAAAAUCCAGGGCAAGCUACCGCUAGUUCACAUGAUCAAUAAUUACAUCGCGUAUUCAUCAAGUUCAUCUCAAGUCCUGGGAUACCUGUUAAAGCACAUAGCACUCCUGGCCUCGCAAGGUCAGCCAGUUCAGCAGGAGAACCUCGAGUUGAUGGAUCAAUACGAAGGUAUGAAAAAUUUUUACGAAAAAAGCGUUCGCCAGCUGGAAGUCAUGAGAUCGACGCGGGUUUGCCAGGAGUCCCCGGUAACCUACUUCGACCUAUUGACCAAACGUCACGACGGUCUCGUGCGCUGCUUGCGCUGCAAGAAAAUGACACUAGCAGUUCGUUCGAAUGCCGAUAAAUCGACGUUUUGGUUCUACUUCAACGAUAUGCUGUCCAACUAUAAAGUAGGUUUGCGCCGACUUUCGAUGCUCCAAAAGCUGCAAGUGCUGCUGCAGGACGUUCUAGGAAACCAGUUGCCUUGUGAGCUGAUCGAGAUACUUUGUCAGUACUUCAACGAUAAGGAGCUAGAAGCUUACUGCGUUGAGCAAAAUAAAAACAACGCGGAUGCAGUAGAAUGACACGUUACCUAUUCGUACUUUUUAUAGAUCGUGAAUUUGAUUUGUUUUUAUUUUAUAUGAACUGACAUUAUCAAGUACGUUUUUAUACAGUUGACAUGUAUGAGACUAUGCUUCCGCUAGAUAAUAGUCUACCUCUACAUCAUGGAUGCGGGCAUCACGUGUGUGUAUUUUAUAUAUUUGAUAUUUUCAAUUAUUUUAUCUUUUACUUCAAAUCGAAUGGCAUGAUACUAUCACUGUAUAUUUCAAUAAAAAACGUUCUAGUGGAACGUAUUAAAAAAGGAAGAUAUUAAGACAAUAAUAAAAAGCCAAUGAGCCUGGCAGUGCCAAGAA